UCCAACCUUAAUGUUCUCCUGGCUCCUGAUUGGUCGAUUCAAACCUACCGCCCAUACUACAGCGCCAUUACUUGUUUACGUUUCCGCACCGAUUUUCUCUCUUCCGUUCUACGUCUCUGGUAGGUCCGUCACCAUGGGCGCCUACAAGUACAUUCAGGAGUUGUAUCGCAAGAAGCAGUCGGACGUACUGCGCUUCUUGCUGCGUGUGCGAGUAUGGCAAUAUCGCCAGCUGACGAAGAUGCACCGCGCACCAAGGCCCACACGUCCCGAUAAAGCUCGUCGUUUGGGAUUCCGUGCAAAGCAAGGUUUCUGCGUAUUCCGUAUCCGCGUACGUCGUGGUGGCAGGAAACGUCCCGUUCACAAGGGUGCCACUUAUGGCAAGCCAAAGAGCCACGGUGUUAACGAGUUGAAACCCGUUCGUAACUUGCAGUCUCUUGCAGAGGAACGUGUCGGCAGGCGUUGCGGUGGUCUGCGCGUCCUGAACUCAUACUGGGUUGCCCAAGACUCAUCUUACAAAUAUUUUGAAAUCAUCUUGGUUGACCCUCACACAAUGUAAGUUAUUUUCUCCUCUGCUAUUCGUCGUGAUCCUAAAGUUAACUGGAUCGUGAACGCCGUGCACAAGCACCGUGAGCUCCGCGGCAAGACCUCCGCCGGACGGUCAUCGCGCGGCCUUGGCAAGGGACACAGGUACUCGCAGACAACCGGAGGCUCUCGCCACGCUGGCUGGCUGCGAAAGACGCAUUUGCAACUACGCAGGAAGCGAUAAGUUAUUUGUACACAUUUGCAUCGGGUGUAACUCUCGUCUGGCGCUUUACUCUGUUAGUAUUGCGUCGGAUAAAGUUAUUAUUAAAAUAAUAAAAUCCUACGAUAAAAAUCAGA